AUGGCGAGUGUGGGCAGCGAGAAUGGUAAUGGACAUACCUCGAGUGAGGCUGUGAAGCUUGCGGGGGACGGCCCCGAGCGCUCCGAUGAUGUGGGCGCUAGUGCGACACCCACCGGCAGUGAACCUCCCAAGGAGGCUGUGCAGGUUCCGGUGCCUGCAGCGGUCCAGUACCCCCCGGAGCGGGUGGCAAAGUUCAAGGGCGAGCUGCUGGAGUUCCUCGGGGAUCUGGUGCCGCCGGAGCGGGCCCCCUGGGACAUUGCGGUGUUCGAGGGCCUGGGGCGUGGGCUGGUGGCGACACGCGACAUCGCCGUCAACGAGCUGAUCUUCCUGGACCGGCCGAUCCUGGUCGGGCCGCGCGUCAACAACUACGACGUGAUCUUCUGCGCCAGCUGCUGCCGUAUCCUGCGCAAGCUGCACCUGUGCAGCGGUGGCUGCCGGCUGCCGAUGUGCGCCCAGUGUGACUUCAGUGUCGGCGAGGCGUCGCCGCACGCCGCCGAGUGCCGGCUGAUCCAGAGCUGGCAGCCGAAGGACGCCGGGCGCUACUCGAAGAACAUCCUGUACGCGCUCACCUCGAUCCGGGGCUUCCUGCUGUCCGAGCGCGACCGCUCGCUGGUGCUGCAGAUGGAGGGCCAUCCGCCGCGCAAGGAGAUGACGACGGAGAUCGAGCGGCUGCUGAAGGACGGCUACUUCCAGAACCUGGACGGCGAGGGCGCGGACGUCCGCUACCUGCGCCAGCUGGUCAACGUGCUCAACACCAACGCGUUCGAGACGAGCCGGAUCGUGGCGGACGAGGAGAACAACGACCACGAGAUCAUCCUGCGCGGGCUGUACAUCCUCGGGGCGCUCAUGAACCACUGCUGCCGCCCGAACGUGCGCUACGUGUUCGACAGCGAGCUGCGGAUGCGCGUGUACGCCUCGCGGCCGAUCCGCGCCGGCCAGCAGCUGCUCAACAACUACUCCAAGAUCCUGUGGGGCACGCAGCAUCGCAUCAUACAUCUGUGCUUCUCGAAGUGCUUCCUGUGCUCCUGCGAACGCUGCAAGGAUCCGACGGAGUUCGGCACGUACCUCGGGGCGCUGAAGUGCGUACGGGAGAGCUGCCCGGAGGGGCGCCUGCUACCGAUCAACCCGCUGAAAAUCUCGUCCCUGUGGCGCUGCGACCGGUGCGACCUGAAGAUGGACAACAUUAAGGCAACGAAAAUCCAGGAGAUCGCCGGCCGGAUGAUACUGAACAACGCGAUCAAGCGCGAGUCCAGCUACAUCAUCGACUACCUGAACGACCACCUGGUGCGGUUUCUGCUGCCGACGAACCAGUUCACGGUCGAGCUGAAGCUGCAGGCGAUCAAGAAGAUCCAGGCCGACCGGCCGGUGGCGGAGCUGCGCGAGAAGGAGCGCUACUGCGUCGAGAUCCUGGACAUCCUGGAGCGCCUGCAGUACGGCGAGUGCUUCGUCAAGGGUGUGCUCUGCUACGAGCUGUUCGUCACCCGCGUCACGCUGGGUCAGGUGCCGAGCGAGAGUGGUAACACCACGGAGGAGUUAAAUCUGGAGCAUCUGCGGACCGCCUGGCAAAUCCUUGGCCCCAGCGGAAACCGGCCCAAGGACCUGCAGCAAAUGGUUGUGAAGUACGGCGUCGGCUGUGAACCGCUCGAUUGA